CUUACGAGUAAUUUUAAUUCAUGGAGACAGAAGUAGACCACUGUUCUGAUGCUGGGGGGUAGAUGUUUUUAAACGACAGCUGGUCGCGUGAUGCAAACAUAUAGGUUGAGACAGCCUUGUGAUAAGCAUGUCAGGAGAGCGAGCCAGCUACUUGAGUUGCGGUUGAGAAAGUCAGCAAAAUCGAGACAGUUUCAUCCCACGGAUUGCUUUUCUAACAACAGCAAGUUUGCACUCUCUGCCAAAAGUAUUUUGUUGAGUUGUAAUUUCUGCUGACAGUAUUUCGGUGCUUUAUUAGUUAUCGUCUUCACCACUGAUAGAUAUAUAUAUAUAUAGUAACGUACUGUCACCCAAGCUGUAUUGCUUUUCAUGUGAAGAUUUGUGAUACGGCUUGUGGUGUUUUUUCUUCAUUUAAUACCAGGAUGCACAAUGGAGGCACUGCGGCAGGAGGUUUGAACCCUGACAAUUCAGUAUCAGCUUCGAGGGAAAGCGGGGUUGACAUGAGCACCACCACGACAACGGCAACAGAACGUCAUGAAACCCCGAAACCUCCAUUGCCCGUGGACAGGGGGUGGGCUUGGUUCGUUAUGCUAGGGGCUCUCAUCAACAUCACCAGUUGUAUUACAUUCAUCCGCGCGGCCUCGCUGCUGUUCAUCGAGUUCUUGGAGAAGUACCAGGUGUCUGCCACUCUGACAACGUUAGCCUUCAGCAUGUAUUCUGUUACGUUCGCUGUGAGCUCUAUGUUACAACCUGCGCUCUUUCUUCCUAGAUUCACAGUCCGCACACUCGCCCUGACAGGAUCGACGUUUACAGUCCUAGCAACGACCCUGAUCGCAUUUUCUCCCAAUAUCAUACUCACCAACGUAUUAUUCAUGUUCAUAGGAUUUGGAAACGGUUUAAUAUUUGUUCCUGAAAUGGCGCUGAUUGGGUGUUACUUCAAGAAACGACUCUCAUUGGCAGCAUCUUGCGCCAACUUAGGACUCAGCAUUGCCACAAUAGCGGGCCCUCCGCUGGCCCAGUACCUGUUGGACACUUAUGGCCUUCAGGGUGCAGUUCUCCUCCUAGCUGGGUUAAAGUUACACUGUGUGGUAGGGUCAAUGCUCUUCCGACCCGUGUCUUUAUAUGCUGACCCGAACAUCAAGUCGGGCCGUGAUGACACAGAUGAUACAAACAGCGUCGCACCAGCAAUCAGUUCCACGGACAUUGUUAAAAUCGUGAAGUCUGACGUCCUUACCAGUGCAGAAACCCAGUCUUUUGAGAAUAUGAAUCUCCUUGCCCAGAUACCACACUGUGGUGGGGAAUACAAACGAUGCAGAAGCAUGAGUGAAAGUCACCCUAGAGCGAUGAAACAAUUCGAAAUUAAUGUGGAAGAUAUAACCAACACGAACAAGUAUUUAGGUGCAUCGAGCACCAUGCUUCACGGAGCUGGGAGUGUACCGAAUGAUAGCUUAAUGGAUAAACUCUCGCUUUCAACCAGUACGAGAUACUUGAGUAAUUCGUCUUUUACUCUCACAAUAAUGACAUCAGCGGCAGAAUAUAAAACCGGAAUCCGGUCAAGGGCUCCCUCUGUUGGGAAACAGGACGGAACUCUGAUGUCACAGAAACUAAAAAGCAACGGAAUAAUAAUCAAGGAGAGAGACAGUGGAUGCCGUUCUUGUUUCCAACGAUUCAAAAACGCAUUAUCUGGCUCUAUAUACACACAUCCCUAUUUCCUAAUGUUAGUUUUUGCAUCUGGCCUUGGGGUUCAUGCACAGGCUUAUUAUGCAUACACUCCUAUCCUUGGUAAAGAACAAGGAUUAACCGCAGAACAAGUCCCAUUGCUUCUCACAGUCGCAGGUACAUGCGACCUCAUCAGCAAACUAGGGAUUGGUUUUAUAGCUGACCUUCCCUGGGUGAAAAGAAUUUACCUGGGUGGUGUGAUCCAGCUAGUCUUAGGAAUCACACUUCAAUGUGUGAGCUUCUUCAAGGGCUAUGAGCUGAUGAUUGUGUUGCAGGUGAUAGGAGGCUCAUUUGUUCAAGUUCUGAUGACCCUCCUUCCGGCUAUCGCUGCUGACCUCAUCGGCUCAGAAUAUAUCGGGCACAUCAUGUCGGGCUACUUCCUUGUCAACGGGGCAGUGUGCACAUUGGACCACAUCGUUGCAGGAUUCAUCAAAGAUAUCACCGGAUCAUUCAUACCAACUUUCAACUAUAUGGGGGCAUUCAAUAUAUUCAGCUUCUUACUACUAGCUUUAGACCCCAUUCUCUCUCGAAAAUACGGGGGAAAGUGACAUGGCAGUUUUCUGCGUCCUAACUUGGAAGUGUUUCGACUGCCAGUGUUUCAUGAGCCAAUCUACCAUUGAUAACAUUAUUGUAGCCGGCAUAUUUGAGCGUUCAAAUGUAAAUAUUGCUUAAUUUGCAAUUUUUUAAUUGUCUUUUUCUUUCAAAUUACGACAGCUGAAAAUCUUUACCUUCUACGCUUCUAUCUCUGCUUUUGAAAUUAUAGGGGGGCGAUUUUUUUUUCUUUUCGCUUUUCUGUCUUCCUUCCCCCCUGAUAAGUUUCUAUUUGUAGCAAUAGCACCUCUCUAUGGGCCUAUCCAACAU